GACCUCACCCCGUAUUAGUUAGUACAUCUUACCUCCCCUACUACAACCACGGCGUCGUUGCCAAGUUGACCCAUUAGCGACUCAAUCAAUCCUCGAUAUAACGACGUCUUGUGACCGCAUACACUGUCAUUCCGUUCUAAUUAAAUUCACUCUUGAUUAACUAUAAACUACCAUGGCUGGCCGUUUUGUGCGGGCGUCCAAGUAUCGACACGUCUUUGGAAAGUCCACGAGAAAGGAAUUUUGCUACGACAACCUUCAUAUUAGUCGUAAUGCUUGGGACACAAACUUGGUCAAGGUCAAUCCCGAGUAUCUCUCAGUCAACUGGGAUGCCUCUGGUGGCGGCGCAUUCGCUGUUGUUCCUCUGAACGAGCGUGGAAAACUUCCUGACCAGAUUCCACUGUUUCGUGGCCAUACUGCUGCGGUACUCGACACUGACUGGAACCCGUUCCACGACAAUAUUGUUGCCUCUGCAUCCGAUGAUGGCAAGGUUUUUAUUUGGGAGGUUCCUGAAGGCUUUACGCUACAUACCGACGCCGAGGAAAUUACAGAUGUCGCACCUGUGAGCAAGCUUGCUGGCCACCCCAGAAAGGUCGGACAGGUCCUUUUCAAUCCUGCGGCCGAAAAUAUUCUCGCCUCUGCAUCUGGCGACUUCACGGUCAAACUCUGGGACAUUGGCACCGGUCAGUCGCCUCUUGCUCUCAAGCACAACGAUAUCGUCCAGAGCCUGUCAUGGAAUGCUAGUGGCAGCAUGCUCGUUACUACCUCGCGAGAUAAGAAGAUUCGGGUGUGGGAUGUCCGACAGGAGAAGCCCGUUCAUGAAGCGCCUGGCCAUGGUGGUGCCAAGAAUAGUCGCGCUGUCUGGCUGGGAGAGCACAAUCGCUUCGCGACGACUGGUUUCUCGCGUAUGAGUGAACGGCAAAUAGCUCUCUGGGAGCCUGGCAGGACGGAGCCCAUUGGCGGAUUUACCAUGCUGGAUUCCAUCUCUGGUGUCUGCAUGCCUUUCUGGGAUGAUGGUUCAAACUGCCUGUACCUUGCUGGCAAGGGCGAUGGCAACAUUCGAUACUUUGAAUACGAGAACGAUAAGUUCGAAUUCCUUAGCGAGUACAAAUCGGGCGACCCUCAACGCGGCAUUGCCUUUAUGCCUCGACGAGGCAUCAAUACCCACGAGAAUGAGGUCAUGAGGGCUUACAAAACAGUCAACGACGCUUAUAUUGAGCCUAUCUCAUUCACCGUACCACGACGCGCUGAGACCUUCCAGGCUGAUAUCUUCCCUCCUGCCACUGGUACUAAGCCCGCUGCAACUGCCCAGGAAUGGUUCGAUGGCAAGACUGCUAUUCCUAACAAGAUUGACCUUGAGAGCGUCUACGACGGCACUGCGCCCAAGGAGAUCACCUCUGACUUCAAGGCUCCUGCAGCCCCGUCUGCUGUCACUGAGAAGCCUGCAACAAAGAUGGAAGAGCCCAAGAAGGAAGAAGCCAAGCCAGCGCCGGCACUGCGAUCUCCUCCUCCCAGUAUGAGUGAACAGAAGGGAUCAAUCUCUGCUAUGGCUUCCAGAUACCAGGAUAAGCAGGAGGAGGAGGAGGAGGAUGACGAUGACGCCUCCAGCUUCGAGGAGGUUUCGCGACCUGCUCAGCGUCAAGCUGUCCCUGCAAAAUUUACUCCUCCUGCUCAACCGCAGACUGCCCCCGCUCCUUCUCCUGCCAUCGUCGCAAAGCCAUCUUCUCCAGUCAAGACUACUGCUGCCGCGGCGUCCGCGGCUCCGCCACUCACAUCUCCAGCCCCCCGAGCUGUCUCCUCCGCCCCCAGCGGUAGCGACUCUUCUCUUGCGGAAAUCAAGCAACUAAUUGAAGGCCAGACGAAGCUUAUCACCUUGCUCACCGCUGAAGUCGAGGCUCUCAAGCGAAAGGUUAGCUCUGGCUCCCAGGAUCAGAGCGAGCGUAUCCGCCAGCUUGAGCUCGAGUUAGAGGAGGCAAGAUCUUGAAGAGCUCUUCGAACUCUUGUGGGAUCUGAAUAGUGACCUCGUCCCAGGCCUUAAAAGCCAUGGGAAUGGAUUGUAGCUGUAGCGAAUUUGUAUAUAUAGUUAGAUAGGGUUUCUAAAGAUUUUUCUUUAUUGGCCCGCUGAUAGUCUACGAGCCAAGCGCAUUCGUCGAGAUUUUUCAGCGAUAUGAUGCAGGAGUGUUCUAGUAUACAUUUCUUUAACCUUUGUGUGCUGU